AUGGAUGAAAUGAACACUGGGGAAAAAGUUAAUGAAAUUGAUGGAAUUAAUCUUGGAGAUGUCCCGAUUCAAACAAAUGUCGAGGAUGUUGGGGAUGAAGCCCAUGAAUUUGAUAUUGCACAGCUUCCUUCAAAUCCUGAAUUGAGAGUUCCAAUACAAAAUAAUGAUAUUAAUGUCCGAGAUGUGAUUCGAAGAACAUAUGUGCAACGGGGUCCUUUUCAACCUCGCAAUCAUGAAUUUCCACCCACAAGGAUGGCUAACAAAGAUAGGCGAUUUUGUGUUUCAUGCUCAAGUGGAAGUUCAUUUGUUAAUGGUGGAUUCUCAAAUUGGAAAAGGAAAGAGAUUAUCAGAAAACAUGUUGGGGCAUCAAAUAGUGCACACAAUCAUGCUCGGGUCCAAUAUGAAUCAUUUAAGAAUCAAGAACAAAGCAUUCAAUCUUGUCUAUUUAAGCAAUCGCAUCAAACUCGAACAGAGUAUCAAAUUCACUUGAAUGCUUCAAUUGAUUGUGUUCGAUUUCUUCUACGACAAGGGUUGGCCUUUCGUGGACAUGAUGAAUCUGAUGAUUCAAACAAUCAAGGGAACUUUCUUGAACUAUUACAUUGGUUGUGUGAUUACAAUACAGAGAUUAAUGAUGUUGCUUUGACGAAUGCACCUGAAAAUCUCAAAUUAACAUCACCUAGAGUUCAAAAAGAUAUUGUGAGUGCUAUUGCUUCUGAAAUUCUAAAUGUGAUUAUUAAAGAUAUGGGUAAUGGCUUGUUUUCUAUUUUAGUUGAUGAAUCUCGAGACAUUUCGGUUAAGGUGCAAAUGUCAGUUGUCAUUCGGUAUGUGAAGAAUGGGCGUGUAUUGGAACAUUUUAUCGGCGUUAUACAUGUUUCGAGUACCACAGCUGUCUCACUUAAGGCUGGUAUUGAUCAAUUAUUUUCCACACAUAGUUUAAGUAUAUCUAAUUUGAGAGGUCAGGGAUACGAUAGAGCUAGCAAUAUGAGAGGUGAGUAUAAUGGUCUCAAAACACUUAUUUUGAAAGAAAAUUCAAGUUCUUACUACAUUCACUGCUUUGCUCAUCAACUUCAACUUGCUCUUGUAGCUGUGGCACGGAAACAUCCAAAGAUUGAAACUUUUUUUACUUCAGUACACAGAUUGGUUAAUGUUGUAGGAGGAUCAGCUAAACGAAAUGAUCUUAUUCGAGAGAAACAAAAACUGAAUAUUCUUGAAUCACUUAAUGUUGGUGAAAUAUCAAGUGGACGGGGUCUCAAUCAAGAAACUACUCUUAAGCGUUUUGGUGAUACACGUUGGGGAUCUCACUACAGUUGCUUAAUUAACCUGAUUCUCAUGUUUUCAACCAUAGUUGAUGUUGUUGAGAUGAUUGCUACUGACACUACAAGUUCUAGAACAAGAGGUGAUGCGUGUAUUUUAUUGGAAUUGAUGUUAAAAUUUGAAUUUGUUUUUAAUCUACAUCUCAUGAGAAAGAUCUUGGGAAUUUCAAAUGAAUUGUCGAAAGCAUUACAAAGAAUAGAUCAAGAUAUUAUCAAUGCUAUGAGAUUGGUGCAAUUAUGUAAAGCACAGCUCCAAACCAUGAGAGAUGAUGGAUGA